ACCGGAUUCCCAGCGAAUCCGGCGUGGACAGUUGGAACCAGGCGUGCCUUCCAUCAUCGGGACUCUCAGACAUUCGGUGUCCCACGUGGAUAGAUGCCUUCGUCACCGCCGUGUUUCUUUCGAUCCCUUUCCCCUCCACGGUCCAUUCCAUCCGAAGGCUUCAUCCUUCUCAUUUCUCCCGAAGCCGAUAAACCACUGUCUACACGUCAUCGCUUGUCGUCGACACUGUUUCCUGGGAGAAGUACAGUCGCAGCUGGCUUCCUCCCUGCCCUCCCUGCCCUGCCCUGUCCAUUCCGCGAACCCUUCGCCCCAGGAAGCGAAUCUUUUCUCUCACUUAUUGAAGGCGUUAGCCUACUGGUCGACGACUAAGACGCGAGCCAUGGACGACGAACAGAGAGCAGCUUCGCUGGCUGCAACAGCCACCACUCCAGGUGUCAAAUCCGACGCCAUCUCCACCGAUAGCGAUACCGUCCUGACACCAGAUCCCGAGGCCCCUAUGUCUCCGAAUUCGUUUGCUGCCGACCAUACCGACCAUGCCAUCCUCGACACUCCGAUCCUGGGGGCCACUACGCCCAAGAGCCCACGACUCUCAAGGAAUCCAUCCUUCUCCGGCAGCAGCUCCUACCAUGAGGACUGGGAUGCCCUUCCGCCACUGGACCGCCUGACCGUUCUCGACCUCCUUGAUAAUUUUGCCUUGCCGCAGCAACUCGAAAAGCUGCAGAAGGGUAUCUCCGCCCAGACUGACAAGGUUCGCCGGUCUCGAGAUGUCCUCAAGUCCAAGACGCAGCUUGCCCGAGAACGUAUGGUCGAGGAAUGGAGGCGGCGCGUUCCCUCGGCCGACGAGCAGCUCGAUCGCUACCGCAAGCAGAUGCGACGUCGCGUCGAUAAGCUUGGCAAGCAAUGGAACAACACCAAGGCCAUCAGCUUGCGAGAGAAGAUAUCGUUCAUCUGUGGCGUUUUGAACAUCUUCAUUAGUGGAUAUCUCAUUGGCGGCCACCCCGAGCACUUCCACCUGUGGUACACUGCCCAACUACUCUACUUCAUGCCCAUUCGCUACUUUACCUACCACCGGCGUGGCUACCACUACUUCCUCGCCGACCUCUGCUACUUCGUCAACUUCCUGUUGCUGCUGUCUAUUUGGGUCUUUCCGUCGUCCAAGCGCUUCUUUAUGGCCGCAUACUGUCUCGCCUACGGAAAUAAUGCUGUCGCUAUUAUCAUGUGGCGUAACUCGCUUGUCUUCCACAGCUUCGACAAAGUUACUUCGCUUUUCAUCCACAUCAUGCCUUGUGCGACGCUUCAUUGUAUUGUUCACCUUCUCCCCCCUGAGACUCAGAAACUUCGCUUUCCUGCCAUCUGGACCAUCAGGAACUCGGAACCGGGGUCACCUACCGCCUACGCCAAUGUCGUCUCCAUGCUUGCGUGGAGCACGAUUCCCUACAUUUUCUGGCAGCUCACAUACUUUUUCUUCAUUUCUAUCCGUCGGAAGGAGAAGAUUGCCGCUGGUCGACCAACGUCUUUCACUUGGCUGCGCAAGUCAUAUUCCAAGACUUGGAUUGGAAAGAUGGUCUUGGCAUGCCCCGAGGGCUGGCAAGAGGCCGUCUAUAUGCUGAUCCAGUUUGCUUAUGCUGUGCUCACCAUGCUCCCUUGCCCACUCUGGUUCCUGAGCCGUUAUGCAUCGUCUGCAUUCCUCCUCAUCGUUUUCGUUUGGAGCAUAUACAAUGGUGCGACAUAUUACAUCGAUGUUUUCGGAAAUCGGUUCCAGAAGGAAUUAGAGGCAAUGAAGGCUGAGGUCAUGAAAUGGCAGAAUUCCCCGGAAACCAUGCCGCAGUCUCCCUCCAUGAUACCCCGCUCUGACGACGUAGCUGGCCCCGAGAAGACACACCGAGCUUCAUUGUCUACUAGUCAGAUUGUUUCUACGGACGAAGUCGAGCGCGGGAGGGAUAUGAUGGGCGAAAUACCGCUGUCAAAGGAUGACUCUGACCGAAACCUCGGUGUGGAUCAGAUCCCACUCCUGGAUGAACCGCGAGGAUCCCACUCCACCGCAGUUGACGGAGAUUACGAGAAUGUUACUAGGGAGAGGAAGACUGGUGGGGCGGCCUCUUAGAUGAGUUGGAUUCAGCGACUCUUUGGAACGGCUCAUGGCGAUAAAUCGGAUAUUCGAGAUGUAGUUGCUCAUGUCGGAGCGUUGUGUGGCAGCUGAUAUCUUGUAACGGUUCUUCUUGGCGCUUGGUUACGUGUUUGAAUUACUUGGGCUGCGGUGUAUGGAGUGUGUUGGUAGGGGCUGAGUUAUCUUGUUCUUUUAGGGAUGAUAGCCAUCUAGUCACGUAUACCCCCCCCCCCCCCCCC